CACCGUAACUACAGGAAGUAAGGUUGUGUUUUUCUGAGUCGGCGGUGUAGCGAUCAAAGCUAACUAACAACAAGCUGCAACUACAGCAACUAAAGUGAACCAGAACCACACCGGACCGCCGAGAUGAUUCCACCAGCAACCUGAUUCGACAAACAUGUGGUCUGACCAUUUUCCAAUGUUUCAGUGUUCAGUGUUCAGAAAACGACACCGCGGACGAAACAGUAGCUAGAGCGACAGCAAGCUGAGUAGUAUGCUGGACGUGGGGAAGUGGCCAGUGUUUGCACUCCUUCCUCCUGAGGAACUACGGCUUAUCCGGCAGGCUUGUGUCUUUGGCAGCGCUGCAAACGAAGCCCUCUAUGUCACAGUUAAUGAUGAGGUCUUUGCUCUGGGCACCAACUGCAGCGGCUGUUUAGGGCUCGGAGACCUUCAAAGCACCAUUGAGCCGCGCAGGAUUGAUGUGUUGUGUGGAAAGAAGAUUGUGUCCCUAAGCUAUGGAACGGGACCGCAUGUUGUUAUCGGUACUGCAGAUGGAGAGGUGUUUGCUUGGGGCCACAAUGGCUACAGCCAGCUCGGCAAUGGGACCACCAACCACGGACUAACCCCGGCCCUUGUGUCCACCAACCUCCUUAACAAGAGAGUGACAGAGGUGGCCUGUGGCUCCCACCACACUAUUGCCCUCACCACUGAUGGAGAGGUGUACGCGUGGGGUUACAACAACUCAGGCCAAGUAGGUUCAGGUUCUACUGCCAACCAGCCAACACCGCGCCGGGUCAGCAGCUGCCUGCAGAACAAAGUGGUGGUUAACAUAGCCUGUGGCCAGCUCUGCUCUAUGGCUGUACUAGACAAUGGAGAGAUCUAUGGGUGGGGCUACAAUUGCAAUGGACAGCUAGGUUUGGGCAACAAUGGAAAUCAGCAGACCCCAUGCAGGAUCGCUGCACUCCAAGGUGUCAACAUCAUCCAGGUUGCCUGCGGAUAUGCACAUACAUUGGCACUCACAGAUGAGGGGUUUGUUUAUGCCUGGGGAGCCAACUCGUAUGGGCAGUUGGGAACAGGCAAUAAGAGUAACCAAGCUCUCCCCACUCUAAUAAACACAGACAAAGAGAGGAUGGUGGAGGUGGCUGCAUGUCACACCAGCCACACGUCAGCUGCCAAGACCCAGAGUGGACAGGUUCUGAUGUGGGGUCAGUGUCGAGGUCAGGCUAUUGCCAGCCCCCACCUCACCCAUUUCAGCAGCACAGAUGAUGUGUUCGCUUGCUUCGCCACCCCAGCAGUAACGUGGCACCUCCUCUCAGUAGAUGGCGAUGACUACCUGACUGUUGCCCAGUCUUUGAAGAAGGAGUUUGACAGCCCAGAGAUUUCAGACUUGAAGUUCUUGGUUGAUGGGAAGUGUAUCCAUGUUCACAAAGCCCUGCUGAAAAUAAGAUGUGAACAUUUUCGUGCACUGCUGAAUGAAACAGAUGAGGACGCCAUAGAAAUUCACCAGUUCUCGUACCUGGUGUACAGAGCCUUUUUGGAGUACCUCUACACAGACACUAUUAACCUGCCACCAGAGGAUGCUAUUGGGUUGCUAGACCUGGCUACGUUCUACCGAGAGACGAGACUGAAGAGGCUGUGCCAGGAAACCAUCAAGAGGGGCAUUUCUGAGGAGAACGCCAUCACUCUGCUCUCUGCUGCUGUCAAGUAUGAGGCCCGGGACCUGGAGGAGUUCUGCUUCAAGUUUUGCGUCAACCACCUAACAGCUGUCACGCAGACCCAGGCCUUUGCAGACAUGGACCACGACCUGCUCAAGAACUUCAUUAGUAAAGCCAGCCGCUACGGGGCCUUCAAAAACUGACUCGAGCGCCCCUGUAGUGAUGGAUUGAACGCGAUGAGGGUUAGGCUCAAGCUGAGGUCCUGAGGGUUGACCCUAAACCAGAGUAAUCACCAGGCUGAUCAGUACUUCAAAGCCUUGUGGCUGGGGAUGUUAACACUGGAGAGGCAAAUGGUUGAAGGUUUCACCGUCUAACUGAUGCUCCUGUGUUACUCCCCUAAACCUAGCCCAAACGCAGUGGUUGCUUGGACGUAAAUUAGGUCAUACCACUCGGCCAGUCACAGGCAGACAGAUUCUGUUGUGUUUGAGUUACUGACAAUAUGCGUGGUCAAUUCUGUGUCCGAUUUGUUCAAGCUAGUCAACAGACGGAUGGGGUGCAGGGGCUUGCCUCAAAGUAACUUUUUUUUUUUAAUCACUCAGCCCUUUUAUCAGUUAUUAAAACAAAUAAUCAAUGCGUAUAUUGUAUUGUAGUACUAUAUGUCUGCUCGGUAGUGAGAGCAAGCGAUAAACAAGUCAGCCAUGAAUUGACCCUUCACAAUGUGCUGCUUUUCUUUGAAGCCUUGAUUCUCAAACUUUCGGAAUUGAGAAGUAGUAUUAAAUAACGAAACAUGUAAGCUGUCUUUUCUUUUUGUUUAGAAAACUGCAAGUUAAGUUUGUUCUCACCUUCUUUUUCUAAACAAUCAUAGUUUGUGUCCGAGCAAUGAGAAUAUUUGCUCUCUUCCGUAAGUCAAUGUUAAAAUUCGCCACUUAUGUUUUAUAUUACAUUUAUUCACCUUUGCCAUCCAAAUUGAUGGUUACUGUUCGAUGUUUGUAUCGACUAACAUUUGCACUGUUUUGCUGUAGAGAGCCACCAUCAGCAGACUAAUAGUCAGUUACACUUUACGAGAGAUGAGAACAUCCUCCUGCAUGUUUACUUGUGUUCAGUUUAACACUCUCUGAGCAGCUGGAAACUGUGUCUGACUUGCACAAGCAUAUCUAUUCCUGUGUAGCCUGUUGGUUAUGUUACACUAUAAUUGCAGCUGAUUUUACAGUUGUGUUUCAUUGCAAUUUGGUAUGUUUACAAAAGUUUGGUUGUUGAUUGUUUUGUUUUUUUUAAUUGUUAAUAUGUUGGCAGCAAACUGGUUGUUUUUACAAGUGUUUUGUUAUAUCUCUCCCCUGGUAGCACCUUGAUAAUGAAAUAGGCCCGGCUCAGUGUAAUUGCCAACUGACAAUGCUUAAUAUAGACCCACGUCUCUUAUUGGACCACAAGGUCUUUAAAUGUAGUUACCGGAUAAUUCCACAUUAAAUUCCCCAAUCUAUCCAAGUAGAAUGUAACAUAAUGCUUUUACUUUAACAAGCCAAUUAUUGUAUUUUUUUGGAACAUUUUGAUAAUUACUAAAAAUGCCUAUUCUCAUUUUGUAUGGAAAAGCUGCUGACAAUGGCACUAAUGAUAACAUUUGAUAAUCUAAAAUGUAAUAAAAUGAAUAAGUACA